AUGGAAAAACGCAUCGGACUCCAGAACCUCGACAAUGACAUUCUGCGUGCGCGCGACAGACGGCUGGUAGUUGCCGAGACAAAAGGGCACGACUUUGACCGCGACCGGUAUGAAUUGGCGCGAGUGGGAAAGGAGCAGGUGCUAAAGCGUCGCUUUGGCUUGGUGUCCAUGACCGGGCUGUCGUGCGGGUUGAUGUGUACGUGGGAAACGCUACUCGUUGUUUUCUCCAUCGGCUUCACAAACGGCGGCCCCGCAGGCCUCAUCUACGGCUUCAUACUGAUCUGGCUCGGCAAUUUCUCCGUCUUCAUUUGUAUCGGGGAGCUCGCGAGUGCGGUGCCCACGGCAGGCGGCCAGUACCACUGGGUAUCGCUGCUUGCACCGCGGUCGAGCAAGAAGUUCUUUAGCUAUGUCACAGGCUGGCUCACCGUCAUCGGCUGGAUCGCCGCUCUCACAUCAGUGUGCUAUUUCGUCGCAGACCUCAUCCUGCAGCUCGUCAGCCUCAACGACGCAAACGCAUCGUAUACGCGCGAAGGCUGGCACGGCACCAUGCUGCUGUGGGCGCUGCUCGUCCUCUGCGUCGUCAUCAACGUCUUUAUAAGCGGUGCGCUGCCCACCAUCGAAGUCGUCGUGCUCAUCGUCCACAUGCUGGGUUUCUUCGGCAUCCUCGUGCCCAUGGUGUACCUGACGCCUACGCACAACUCAGCGCGCGACAUCUUCCGCACGUUCCACAAUAAAGGCCGCUGGAGCACGCAGGCGCUGGCGUUCUUCGUCGGACUCCAGGGUAACGCGUUGGCCUUUGUAGGCACUGAUUCCGUGGUGCAUAUGUCCGAGGAAGUCAAAAACGCAAGCACCGAUGUCCCUCGCUCCAUGCUGCUCAGCCUCGUUAUAAACGGCACGCUGGCCCUCGGCAUGCUCUUCGCCGUGCUCUUCAGCGCCCAGGAUAUCUCGCAGUUGCUGUCUGAUGAAAGCGCUCAAACAGCUCCUUUUCUGCGCAUAUUCCACCAAGCGGUUGGCUCGAAAGCGGGUGCCACCGUCAUGGUUGCCAUCAUCGUGUUGCUCGAGUUCUGCAGCGCAAUGGGCUGUCUUGCUGCUGCCUCGCGCAUGACAUGGUCGUUUGCACGCGAUCGGGGUCUUCCUUUUUCGCGGGCCCUCAGCAUGAUCGACAAACGCAGCACCAUCCCCGUCAUGUCCAUCCUAGCCGUAACCCUCUUCGCGGCACUCCUGGCUCUCAUCAACAUCGGCAGCAGCGCCGCCUUCAACGGCACGCUCUCGCUCGUCCUCGAAGGCUUCUACCUAUCCUACCUGCUCGCCAUCGGCCUCCUAUUCUGGCGCCGUAUCCGCGGCGACCUCGAUGCAUCCUCCUCCUCCUCAUCAUCCUCAUCAUCCCCCUUUCCCAGCCUCCACCACGAACAUUUCCACCGUCACGCCGACGCCGAGACAAGGAUAUCCUGGGGACCCUGGCGCCUCAAUGCUGCUCUGGGCGUUGCUAACAAUGCAAUUGCCAUUUGCUAUCUGCUCGUCAUCAUCUUCUUUAGCUUCUGGCCCAUCCAGACGAAUCCAGGGGUUGCGGGGAUGAACUGGGCGGGCGUAGUCACGGGCGCCGUGGCGCUGUUCAGUGUGUUGUAUUACUGGGUGUUUGCAAAGAGGACGUAUACGGGGCCUGUGGUUGAGGUGGAGCCG